AUGAGGUGGAACAACUAUGUAAACCACAAACAGGAACACGAACAGCCUGGGAGUCACCUCGGAGGUACUGAGCACCGGACCAGCAGGAAGCCACAAAGUGCGGUUCUCCUGCUGCCCACUAGAGGGCCCGAGAGGAGCGGCAGCCAGGUGCUCAGACUGUACGCACUCGGCUGGCCUUACAACCGAGGUUCCCCAGGGGCGCGGCCAGCGCUCGCUGACAGCGUGGAAAACCCCAUUGUGGGUGGUGGCAUCCUAGCUCCGGAGCCCCGGAGACAGCUGGUGUCCCAAUUCGCCAUCCCGUUCCAGCAAGACGGCCCCGGUCCUGCUGGCAGGAGGGGGCAGGCGGGCUGCGGUGCCAUCCCCAGUCAGUCCCAAUAUCCCCUGGGCCAGAUGAAUAUCUGUGACUGGAACCAACGACGGGUCACCCCGGACACUGGCAUCGCCAUUCCGAAGCCGAACUCCACAUCACCUCUACUGUCCAGAGUGAACGGCUGGUCACUGCCUCUCAACGUCUUGCAGGGGAUGGCCUGGGUCACCUUCCUGGUCAUGACUCUAGCCAACUUCGGUAUCUUCAUCCCCCUGCUGCCCGGCAUGUGGAGGCCUCUGGUGUACGGUGUAUCCUUUGUGCUGUGGACAUUCACACGGGUGACCAGUGGGCUGUUCCUGUUCCACCUGGUGGUCCACAUCAUUGCUAUCUCCACGGACCCUGCGGAACUAAAUGUGAGAAUGAAGAACUACAGCAAGGCCAUGCCCAUCUUCGACCGGUCCAAGCAUGCACAUGUCAUUCAGAACCAGUACUGCCAUCUGUGUGAGGUCACCGUGAGCCCGAAGGCCAAACACUGCAGCGCCUGCAACAAGUGCAUCGCGGACUUUGACCAUCACUGCAUGUGGCUCAACAACUGCGUGGGCAGCAGAAACUACUGGUGUUUUUUCAGCUCCGUGGCCUCAGCAGUGCUGGCCCUCUUCUGUCUGGCGGCGGUCCUGCUGUACAUCUUCAUCCAGUACAUCAUGGACCAGGAGGAGCUCCGCAGUGACCCCCACUUUGAAAACAUCACAGAGGAGAACACCUGGCUGCUCUUCCUGCCCUUCUUCCCGGUGAGGACCACGGCCCCUGUGCUGCUUAUCAUUGGGGCGGCUGUGCUGGUGUUAGAUCUCAUCAGCCUCCUGAUGCUGGGACACCUGCUCCUGUUUCACCUCUACCUCUGUGCGUACCACACCCCACCACCCUCUCCUUGA